GUCAAUUGGCUCUCAUUUUGAUUUUUGAGAUUUGAAAACGCAACCUUUGCCUCCCAUUAAAAAGCCCCCAUCUCAUCUCCUGCUACUAGCUUUUAUAUUCCGAUUCGCCGGAAACUAGAGAUCCCAUUUCAAUACCGCUCAGGAAAAAAAAAGAAGAAGCAAUGGAUCAUUCGGUUAAAACACCACCUGUUCUGUCUGUAAAGAUGUGGCCACCCAGCAAGAGCACCAGACUCAUGCUUGUCGACCGCAUGACCAAGAACAUCACCACCCCUUCCAUCUUCUCCCGAAAGUACGGUCUUCUGAGUCUCCAAGAGGCCGAGGAAGAUGCCAAGCGCAUCGAAGACCUUGCUUUCUCCACCGCCAACAAACACUUCCACAACGAGCCUGAUUCUGACGGCACCUCUGCUGUCCACGUCUACGCCAAAGAGUCUAGCAAGCUCAUGCUCGAAGUCAUCAAACGUGGUCCUCUACAGGUUGAAUCCGAGGCCGCCGAGGCCAACGCCGAUGGGGACGCCUUGUUUGAUCUAUCCGGUGGCCGUAGAGCUUUCAUCGAUGUAGAGGAGGCACGUGAGCUUCUGAGUCCUCUCUCUGAUCCCAACAACUCCUUUACCAAGAUCCGUUUCAGCAACAGGAGUUUCGGCUCUGAGGCUGCUAGUUUCGCCGUCAGCGUCUUGUCUUCCGUCAAGGAUCAGCUGACCGAAGUGGAUCUCUCCGAUUUCGUCGCGGGGAGACCAGAGGCCGAAGCCCUCGAAGUCAUGAAUAUGUUUUCCUCUGCCUUGGAGGGUUCCAAGCUCAGGUCUUUGAAUCUUUCCGACAACGCCUUGGGAGAGAAAGGAAUCCGAGCGUUCGGCUCUCUCAUCAAGUCCCAGCAUGACUUGGAGGAGCUGUAUCUCAUGAACGAUGGCAUCUCCGAGGAUGCUGCGAGAGCCGUCCGCGAGCUGCUUCCCUCUACUGACAAAAUCAGGGUUCUUCAGUUUCAUAACAACAUGACGGGAGACGAAGGAGCGGUUGCUAUUGCGGAGAUUGUGAAGCAGUGUCCGUCUCUGGAAGAUUUCCGGUGUUCGUCUACGAGGAUUGGUUCGGAUGGUGGUGUUGCGCUUGCUGCGGCGCUUGCGUCCUGUAGCCGCUUGAAGAAACUUGAUCUUCGCGACAACAUGUUUGGAGUCGAAGGUGGAGUUGCCCUGGCGGAGACCUUGUCAGUGUUGACUGACUUGACUGAGAUCUAUAUGAGUUACCUCAACUUGGAGGAUGAGGGAGCAGAGGCACUUUCCGAAGCUCUGAUUAAGUCUGCUCCUUGUCUUGAAGUUGUGGAGUUGGCUGGGAACGAUAUUACUGUGAAAUCCACUGGGAAAUUGGCGGAAUGCAUCGCCUCGAAACGGGCUCUUUUGAAGCUGAAUUUAUCUGAGAAUGAACUCAAAGACGAAGGGACAAUCUUGAUCGCAGAGGCAGUUGAAGGUCUUGACCAGUUGGUUGAAGUUGACAUGAGCACAAACAUGAUGAGAAGAGCUGGGGCAAGGGCCUUGGCACAAAGUGUUUUGAAGAAACAGAGUUUCAAGCUUCUGAACAUUAAUGGAAACUUCAUAUCUGAGGAAGGUGUUGACGAGGUGAAUGACAUGUUUAAGGACUCCCCGGACAAGCUUGGUCCUCUGGAUGAUAAUGACCCUGAAGGAGAAGAUUUUGAAGAUGAAGAGGAAGAAGAGGAAGGUGAUGAAGGCAAUGAGCUGGAAGCAAAGCUAGGAGGUCUGAAAAUUAAGCAAGAGGAGGAAUAGGGAGAGGUAACAUGAGUUGGUGCUCUUGUUGCUAUAUAGGUAGGUUCAGUUUGAUCUCUCUCUCUUGCACUCUUUGUGGUUAACGUAUUUUUAGUAAUGUAAGGAAGGAUCUAUUUACUUGAAAUGAGUGUCUUUUGAUGAUCUA